AUGGCAGACCUAGCAAAGACCCUUGCUGUUGAAACACCAGACACAGAGAAGCAAGAUGUCUCCACGGCAAUGGACGAGGCUGCCCAGUACCUGGCCCACAGUCGCGGCUUCGAGCCGCUGUCUCAAGAGGAAGAGAAGCAGAUGAUACGCAAGAUGGACUGGAUCCUUCUCCCCAUGACGCAGCUGUUCAUGACCGCUACUCUGGGAGCAGUAGACAAGGUCGCCAUCAGCACGGCGGCCAUCUACGGCCUAAAGGACGACCUUCAUCUCGUCGGCCAGCAGUACUCGUGGGCUGGUUCGAUCUUGUCAAUUGGAGUGCGUCUUACCCUAGGCUGUCCAUUCGCUCUACUUUUACAGCUGGCUAAGAAGAGCUGCCUCGAAGCGAUCAUCGUCCCCUCCAUCUCGCUCAUCAUUGCCGGAUUCUACACGAAAUCUGAGCAACCACCGCGUAAUGCCCUAGUUUUUGCGGCUGCGAGCUCGAUCAUCAACGGUUUCCUCUCAUGGGCUGUUGGACACAUUCCGUCCAGUGCACCGCUGGCAAUCUGGCAAUACCUGUUCCUAAUUACCGGCUCCGUGUCAACGCUCUGGUCAAUCUUCGUAUUCGUCUUCCUGCCCGACUCCCCCAUGAACGCCUUUUUCUUGAACGAGAGAGAGCGGUAUCACGCCGUCCAGCGCCUGGCAGAGAACAAGACCGGCAUCACCAAUAGGCAAUGGAAAUGGGAUCAAGCACUCGAAGCCAUAAUCGACCCCAAGACAUGGAUCCUUUUCUUUUUCAAUAUUUCCAUUAACAUCCCGAACGGGGGCCUAACUACGUUUAGCGGGAUCAUAAUUAACAAUCUAGGCUUCUCGGCUGUCAACACCUCCCUGCUGAAUAUGCCCACCGGGGUGAUGUCGACCUUGUCUGCAUUUGCUUUCUCUUGGAUAGCAGCCAAGUGGUCUAAUCGCCGGUGUCUUGUCACUAUGAUAGCAUCCUGUGUUCCCGCCAUCGGUGCUAUCAUCGUCUAUACCCUGCCUCGAAGCAACAUUGGCGGUCAGAUGGUUGGCAUAUACCUGUUAUACACCUACUUCGGCCCCUAUGUCGUCGGAAUCUCGAUGGCACAGGCAAACACCGCGGGCAGCACGAAGAAGACCGUGCAGUACUCCGUUCUGUAUAUCGGAUACGCGGUUGGAAAUCUCAUCGGCCCCCAGACGUUUCGUGCGAACCAAGCACCAGCAUAUACCGGGGGAUUUGUGUCUAUGCUUGUCUGUUACUGCGUAUGCGUGGCCUUGAUGGCCGGUUACUGGUCCAUUGCCGUAGUAUUGAACCGCAGACGGGUGAAUGCUGUUGAGACUCCAGAGAGGGAUGGAGACUUGCAAGAGGCGUUUGCUGAUAUGACGGAUUUUCAGCAAAAGGGGUUCAAAUAUACUACGUAG